CCGGGCGACGCUGCAAGCAGUGUGGUGACGUGACGAGUUUACAGGUUUCAUUAAAGGGGGUUUCAGUUAAGAUUCUUCAGGAAUUACUAUGAUCGCCUCGUAGUGAGACCAUCUUCUUGUCAUUAAGACCUUACAUAACUGCGCUUUGUGUUUGAAAAAAAUUAUACUUCAGUUUUCUGCAACUGACGUAUUCUGUGACAAGAGCAGCUGGAUUCAGAGGAUACAAUUGUGAAAGAGGCUAUGGGAUUAUCUUUGAAAGGAUUAAUCAAAGCCAUGAAGUUUCAAGAAGGCUGUGCUUUCAUUCACUGUCCAUCUUUUAUGUACUGAUUCUGGAUGAAUUUGCCCUUGUAUUUUAUGUUUUCAUUUUUCAAGGAAUAAAAGAGGACUAGAGGUCAACCAGUGGAGUGCUGUGGAUGCACUAUUUUUGGACAAUAAUCUGAUUCUCCAGUGGGAUACUUUAUGAAAGACGAACCCUGGAAGAUUUGAAAUGGACUUUUGCAUGGAAGUCGAAGCCGUAGGCCCAGGGCAGUGAAGGAUGAACAGAAAAUAAUUUGAUAUAUCAUGUUGUUGCCUUCUAAAACCUUCUGGGAUUUGCCUUCCAAUAAAUUCUGUAGGUUAUUAAAUGCUGUUUUUGCAACCUCAGCUGUCAAGCGUUUCCCAGAUUUACACAGUGCAAAAUGAACACUCAACCCAAACGUUGGCUCUAAAAGGAAGCUUGAUAAAGGAAUAAUGAACGACGGAGCGCAGCCUGAGCACAAAUUCCAGGUCAAAGCAGACUUUUUGUUUCAUGCCGCAAGUGAUGAUUCGCCGGUCUCUCCAGGGGACCGGUGUGGACGAAGUGUCUCAUGGGAGCCAGGCUGUUUGGGAGAUGCAGCUGAAAAAACCACCCUGCAGGACAGCCAAGCCUUUUGCCUGCAGAAUGCAAGAGCUACAGAAGCACCAGGGGGACAGGUGGGCUUGGCAGCCGAUGGUCAUGAUGGCACCGGUAAGAGCCAAGCCUCCCUAGACAGGAGUCCUGAGGAGAACCAUCAACCUCUGAACACCUCCCCAGAGCUUGACCUCACCAUAGGCCAGAGAAACGCGGUGAGCAGGAACGGAACCGCGGGGGAGAUCGACGGGAAAGAGCCGAGCAUUCUGUCCUGCGUUUCAAGUAAACCCAAAGAGCAAGUGGAACGACCCUCUUCCUUGUUCGAUGAGAACAGAGUUCUGAGCGGGGGCCAGCAGCACAUUAGCAAUGCUAAUUGUGUACCAGGGGAUGGAGAGUCCUUCUCUCCUGCCUCUUAUUGUAACUCCACAGGAUCCGAGACAACGCAUGACCUGGGCCUUCUGGCCGGGGCGGGACAGGGAACAGACUGGCAGGAACAGGACACAAUUCGAGGAAAUGCUGGGCCGGAAUCGUCUCAAGAGCAGUGGGACUGCGGGGUCAGGGCUGUCCAGGCUCGAAAGGAUGAGCCGGAUUUGGUGAUCGAAGUAGGCGGGAGGAAAAUCCGGGCGCACAAAUCCACCCUGGCGGAGAAGAGCGACUAUUUCAAGGCACGGCAAUCUCGCGACAUCCUGAAGGUGAAAGGGGUGAGCUACAAGACCAUGUCCAUUUUGAUAGGAUAUGUUUAUACCUGCCGGAUAGAAGUGAACAAAGACAAUAUGGUGGAGGUCAUCACCGGGGCGAAAAUCCUACAGAUACCGUGCGCGGUGCAAGCAGCUAUGGACACCGUGUCGGACCAGAUCACCGCCGAGAACUGCUACGAAAUUCUGUCCAUAGCCAAAAAACAGAGGUUGAGCGACCUAAAGGAGACGGUGUAUCGAUUCAUGAGCGACAACUUCCUGCGGGUACUGAGGGACCCCGCUGUGUACGGCCGUUUAACGGGGUCGGAACGCGACCUGAUUCUGAAGACCAGGUUGGAAGGGAAGAAAUCCUUGAUGGUGGCCGAGAUCAGCGACGUCUACGAUCGGGUCGGGAGUAGACCUCCGAGCCGCAACAACAGCCGGCCCCAGAGCCCUCUGUCUGUGGCGUCCUGCGACGACCUCCGUAUGAUUCAUUACUACAAUGAAGAAACCGACGAUUGGACGUCCCUCACGCUGAUGCCGGAAGACGUCAACACGAAAGGUUGCGGAAUUUGUACCAUGUACAACUACCUGUUUGUGGCUGGUGGAAUAAGGGGGUCUGGAGAUAAAGGCAAGGCAUCGGACAAGGUCUUCUGCUACAACCCGGUGACGGACAGCUGGAGCGAGGUCCGACCACUCAACCAAGCCCGGGCUCAGCUCAAGCUGGUCUCCGCAGAUGGCUACCUGUACGCCAUAGGAGGGGAGUGUCUGUUCACCGUGGAGAAGUACGACCCUCGGAUGGACAGGUGGACCUCCGUGGCCGCUUUGCCUAAGGGAGCGUUUGCUGUGGCCCACGAGGCCACCACCUGCAAUGGCGAGGUGUACGUGUCGGGCGGCUCGCUGUUUUACCGUCUGCUCAAGUACGACCCCAAGAGGGACGAGUGGCAGGAGUGUCCCUACAACAACAGCCGCAAGCGCUCGACGGACAUGGUGGCGCUCAAGAACUUCAUCUACCGCUUCGACGUCAACCGCGAGCAGGGAGUGAACGUUUUCAAGUACAACGCGAUUGUGAAGAUGUGGCGGGACUGUACGUCCCUGCCGCAGGCCAACCCCCAGCCCUUCAGGUGUGCCGUCAUUGGGAGCAGCGUCUACUGCAUCAACCGCUCCCAGGCCCUCCAUUUUGUGGUGGGGGAGGAGGAGGCACACUUUGCACCGGAGCAGCUGAAGGCCCCUGUUGAGGCCAAAGGAGUCCUCUUCCCAUUUGUCCUGAGCCUGCCGGAGAGGGCUGACAGAAAUGCAUGACCCAACAAAAAUUUGGCUAUGCACUCACUGCUCCCCCUCGUGUACCCUCAAGGAGGCACUAACUAAGCAAGAGGAUUGUGAUAUAUGACUGAUUAUUAAUUUAAGCACAUUUGCCGUUUUGUUUUAGGUGGUUUGACAUGUCUUAUUUAAAUGCUCAGUUCUUGAAUAUUUUUCUUUGCAUGGCUUGCUUAAAAGAUUGUAUGUGGUAUGGGACAGGCCUUAAAAAGGAAAUAGUUUAAUAUAUAGGAUGUGUAUGACAAAACAAAAUGUUCUUUGAUUUGCAGUAACAGUAUAUAUCUCCAGAUACACUGAUGUUUUGUUCCUGUAUAUGUUUUGAUUUGUGCACCUUUGUAAUUGCUCUUAAUUCAGAAUAGAUUUUUUUUUUUUUUAAGGAUAGAAUUUUGCUGGCAGCAUACGCUAAAUUAAUAAAUCAAAGACUCAUAGCCGAAUGUCAAAAUAACCUUCUUAGUUAUCCUGUUUAAAGACAGAUUUAGAAUCAGCUAGAACUGAUAAAUUGUGCUAAAAGUGAUCGAAUCAAAAACAAAAGUCUUCAUUGAAAAUGAAAUAUUUGUAUUCCAAGGGAGAUGGUGAAACGGACAAAUAGACUCACAGGUGAUCACAUAAGUUCAGUUUACCAAAAAUAAACUGGAAGAGAAACAUGAUAUAUCCAUUGUGGUGAUAUAACACUGUUUUAACUGGUAAGAUAUUACAAGUUGAACACAACUCAGUUGAAAGUCUCUGCUGAUAUAGCCUAAUUACACAUUAUAAACAUUGAUACCACCUCAGUUCCAAACCACCUCUAACCUUCUGUUAAAGUUCAGUGUUAUCAUUAUAUGCAUUAAGGUUGUUCUCCCCUUAACUGUUAUUCUUUGUAGUUCUGGACAUCACUCUUUAUUUUGCUAUGUGCAGAAUGUUAUACAGUAACUUGAUGUGUUCAUUCAUAGUAAUGAAACAGAAGCAACUUCCUUUGCAGGCCUAAAAAAGGUUAACGUAUAACAAAGUUUUCUAUUUAUUCUAUUUUUUUAACCAGACCUUUCAUUCAAAGUCUAUGUGGCUUAACACAUUUUCACAAUCGCACUGUCAGAAACACUGGACAAAAUACAGUGAAAGAACAAAAAAUAAACCCAAAGCCAAUUGAGGGUAGAAACUGCAAAUUAUUUUCGGAAACAGCGGUCAAGACUCUCCACGGGGGAAAGAUGGGGAACGUUGAAUAAUGGUCUGCUCAAUAUAACACGCUCAGCAACAAGAGAGCACAAUUAUGUGUUAAGAAUACAUUCUCCUUUAGUAUGGUGAAGCCCAGCAUGUAAGGAACGUUACUGCCCUCUUGUGUCUCAACUCUGUACUGAUGAUAAAGUUGCCCAAACGCGGACCUCAAGCUGCCAGCACCAAUAUAUCUGCGUGACCGAAUCCACAACUCCACGGCACCUUUUUGAGCCUCUCAUGCACAUUACACAGAGGACAGGUGAGCGUGGUGCAUGGGUGCAUGGCAUGCCCGGUUUCUGGCCUGCUGUACCAAAAUAAGCACUUUUCCUUAGUUUUUAGCAACAGUUCUAUUCUUUUCGCAUGCCAAAAUCCUUAGCAGAAGCGAGGGUUAUACAAGCUACUUUUAACCUGCCGUUUUUUGUCUAUCUUUGAGAUUUUUUGAAUUCAGUAAUUAUGUUGGCAUCUAUGAGAUAUCUCCACAAACUGAUUUUAAUCAGCAAUGUAAUUUUAUUUUGCCGUGUCACAGUCCUGUCUGAAAAACAUGAGGGAGCCAGUGGCUGUGGAUGAUUUAUUGGGGUUUGCUUAUUGCUGGCUGGAUUCAUUGUAUUGUUAUGGAUUAAUACCCAAAGGCAGCUUGGUGUACUGAUAAAAUGUAUGUCUUUUGAAGGUCGCAUUAAUCUUACUGUUGGUUGCUUUCACACCUAGUUCAUGCUAUUGUUAAUUUCUUUAUUAGAUAAAAUGAGUUUGACUUGCAGCAUCCUAGUUCACCUUCGAGUACAGUAGGUGGCAGUAUUGUGCCUUUGACAUCUAGUUUUCUAUUUAGCAUAAAUGAAGAACACGACAAUAUCAACACAAUAAAAAUCUGCAGGAAACCGAACCUGCAAACAAAAUCUCGCAGAAUAUUUUGCAUAUUCCUAAACAAAAUGCUGAACCUUGAACUGGAAGAGAUCUGCUGCUAGUGGUGGUGUUCUAUGUUCAUACACGCACACAAUGAGCAAGAGAAAGCUUGAACAUGCGUUAAAUGAACCAAACUGAAGCAGUUAAACGAACACAUCCCAUCUUAUCAAAUUAGGUGUGAAAGCCACCUUUGUGCAGGCCACAUGCUUACUGAUGACUCUGUUUAAUUGCAGCACACUAAUGCAGGCUUCUUUUUUUUACUGUUGAAUGGUGUAUUUCAGUCAAAAGGAGGUCGAGCAAAUAAAAUACAAUGGUCCUUUAGUA